UAAGCUGCAUUUCGAAAGUCGCAUCGCUGUGUGGUGUGGACUGAGCGUCUGUGCACCGCUCCUCAGCUGUAACCUGGACCAACAUGUCGGCGUUUGUGUAGAGAACAUUGAAGACUGUCGCGGCGGUUUUAAGCUAGAGAUUUGCAGAAUGUCCAAGCGCCGUGCUUCAGACAGAGGAGCAGGGGAGUCAUCCGGCAGGGCCAGCAAGCUUCUUUGUCAUGGGAUAUCUUGCAGCAAUGCAAAGAGAGCCGGACCCUUUGUCUUAGGGCCUCGACUGGGUAACUCUCCUGUGCAGAGCAUAGUGCAAUGUCUGGCAAGGAGAGAUGGAACCGACGACUUCUACCAGCUGAAAAUACUGACCCUGGAGGAACGGCCAGACGCAGCCGGGGAGACACAGGAGGAGAGGCAGGGCAAGAUGCUGUUGCACACUGAAUACUCACUCUUGUCACUGCUUCACAAUCAGGAUGGGGUUGUGCACCACCAUGGCCUUUUUCAGGACCGCUCCUAUGAGAUUGUGGAGAACACUGAGGCCAGUAAGGUGCGCAAGAUGAAGCGGAUCUGUCUAGUGCUGGACUGUCUGUGCGCCCACGACUUCAGCGACAAAACAGUGGACCUGAUCAACCUGCAACACUAUGUCAUUAAAGAAAAAAGGCUGAGUGAGCGUGAAGCCAUUGUCAUCUUUUAUGACGUGGUGCGAGUUGUGGAGGCUCUGCAUAAGAAGAACAUUGUGCACAGAGACUUAAAGCUUGGAAACAUGGUGCUUAACAAAAGGACUCAUCGGAUCACGAUCACUAACUUCUGCCUGGGCAAGCAUUUAGUGAGUGAAGAGGACCUACUGAAGGACCAGAGAGGCAGUCCAGCUUACAUUAGCCCAGACGUCUUGAGCGGUCGGCCGUACCGCGGGAAGCCGAGCGAUAUGUGGGCUCUCGGUGUGGUACUGUUCACCAUGCUCUACGGCCAGUUUCCCUUUUACGACAGCAUACCUCAGGAGCUCUUCCGCAAGAUCAAAGCUGCAGAGUACUCCAUUCCAGAAGACGGGCGCGUGUCAGAAAGCACAGUGUGUUUGAUACGCAAGUUGUUGGUGCUAGAUCCCCAGCAGAGGCUUACUGCAGCAGAGGUGCUGGAGUCUCUCGGUGGCAUCAUUGCCUCCUGGCAAUCUGUUUCAUCCCUAAGUGGACCUCUGCAGGUAGUACCGGACAUAGACGAUCAGCUUAACCAGCCAGAGCAUCUGCAAGAGGUCAAGAUGACGGAGGAGUCGUCUCAGUACGAGUUUGAGAACUACAUGCGCCAGCAACUGCUGCUGGCCGAAGAGAAGAACACUAUUCACGAGGCCAAAAACUUCCUAAGCAAGAGGCCGUUUAGCAGCGUGCCUCCUGUAAGGCGCCUGGGUCACGAUGCUCAACCCGUCAGCCCCUUGGACGCGGACAUACUCGCCCAGCGCUUCCUCAGGAAGUAGUGGACCGCAGCGCACGGGCCGGGCCAUGCAGCCGGGCUCGUGCGUCUGCUGGACCUCGAGAGACCUUGGAGCAGGUAUUUCUCAUCUGCUCCUCUUGCUGUUUAAGGAGCCUGACUCUGAUCGAGCGACACACACAAGAGGUGUGGCUUCUGAGCCCCUACCAUCCCCUUUUCCUUUUACUCUGCCAUACAGACAUUAGCAGCAAUACAGGAGCUGAAUCAUGUAGCAAAUGGGUGCAAACACACACACACACCAUAGAACACAUCACAGUACAUUAUACACACAGACCCUCAGUCCCUGUUUUCUACUCUCUCAGCUUCUUUCAUGGGAACAGCUCAGAUCAGCAGACCUCAGUCACCCCUCCGCGUGUCCCCGUGCCAUCAACCACAACGAUGAUCCGUAUCACUCAUCUAAGUCCACGGUUGCAAAUCUACCUCUUAAAAAGUCUGUCUGUUUCUGUCUCCUUUGAACUGUGUUCCUAUACAGGUAUCCAAAUGUGGGCUUAUGGCCACAAGCACAGGUGCAGAGCAUUAUUAUUAAUAUUUAAGUGUAGGCAUGUCAAAACCAGCGAUUUGUUUUCCCUCAGAUUCUGAAUAAGCUUUUUACUCUUCCUCCUGUUUAAAAGGUAGCAUUUUAAGACCUGAUUACCCUCACUAAUUUUAUUUAAUCCUGCCUGCUUUAACCCCACUUAGGACAUUGUACUAUGACCAAGGUCUUGGUAUGCUUUUAUAGGCAGCUAGCAUUGUACAGCUCAAAGUCUAAAUAACAAAAACGGAAUGGAAGAGGUCACAGUUGCUUUCUUGCAUCUCGCUGCUCUAUGUGGUACGAUGUUCUUCCUGAUCGGCUAAAGAUUCUGUAGUAUUUUUUGUUCUACUUUUACGCCCAAAUGGAACUUCUCACACAAGUUGCCCGAUCUAGCAAAUGAAACACCUAUGAUUAGGUAGCUAAGGUUUUCACAUUUAAAAAGUGCUGUCCGGAGUAAAUGGCUGCGAUCAUGUCAAACAUCGAAUGGGAAAAUGUUAUCUGGUCCUGUGGUGACCUCUGCCAGCAUUCCAGCUGCCCUUUGCAAACAAACGGCACUCCAAGUUGUGCGGCGUUUGAGUCUUCAUAAACAAGACAGUUUUGGAAUCCAUGAAUAAAUGCAUUGUGAAUUGUUGUAGGCAUGUGUUUGUUGGGGUAGAUCUUCUGUAAAGCUUGGUAACCAUGUAUAAAUUAGAGUUCUGUGCUAAAUUGUCAGAAAUUGGAGGUUUGACCAACAUUCAUAAUAAACAAGUAACCCAGGUAAAUUCAAAUCUUUUUGGUGGAAUGCCUCACACAUCUGGGGAAUUGUAGCCCUUCCACCAACAGCACAAUAUACAAACCCAUAAACAUCCCAUAACCCACAGUGCAUAUUAUUCAUUUGCCACCAAUUGCAUGAAAUGUGAAACCUAUUUUGGAUGAUAAACCUAUCUCAACCCAGGUGCUUUAUGCAGAAUUAAUAUCCUUAAAAUCUGUGAACAAAAAGGCAUUUAGUUUGUGCUAUUUUUAAUUAAUUUAAAUUUAAUCUUCAGUUAAAAUCCAUUCAGCUUCCUGCAGAGGUGCAUCACACUACUGUUCCAAACCCCUUGUAUACCCUGUAUUUAUGGGGUUUGAAGGAUUGUGCAUCUAUCAGAAUUGAGAGCUCACCACCAUGCGAAUGAUGAAAGCCACCAUGUAGCACUGACUUGCACAUGGUUUAUAUCCAAGUACCUUCAGCAGGAAGUCCAGCUCCGGUUAAGCUUUAACAGUGGGUUUGUAUUUAUCUGGCAUCAUUAAUAUCAGAAGCGAGAGUGCGUAUUUGUGAGUAUCAGAAAUGUCUUUGUGAACGGAGCCUCUUCCGCUUGGCGCUAAAAUAUCUGCUGCUCUUCAGGUCCAGGUAUUGAGGAUUGGCAAUUGAGAACUAAUCUAGAGAUACACCCUCACCCACCCUCAUGUCAUAGGAUGUUUAUAAUCUGGACUGUUUUCAAUCCCAUUUAAGAUUACUGUGUGUACAAUGCAGCCGCUGAAAACAAUGCCAUAGAGAGCGAUUUUAGCAGUCAGGGGUAAAUAUCUACUUUAGUUGGUCUGGUAUAUUAGUUAACAGGUGGCAUCAGCUUUUGAACCUGUGACCUAGCUGGGCUGGUUUAAUAUUAGGUUAAAAAGAUAAUCCAGUACUGUAUGUCUUAGCUUCUCACCAGUGGUUUAUUUUUUUAAAUAAUUUUUUGUCCCCGCAUCGUUUUAAAGCCUAAAGCAAAUCAGCAGGUAGCAUGAGUGAAACUGCUUGGCUUUUCUUGUUUUUGUUGUUUUUUAUUUAUUCACUGUGUAUAAAUGAUCUUAUGUAUUAUUUGAACAUCACAUUUGUCCUGGUAAAGUGUGAAGUACCAGAACAUCACAUCAUCUAAUUCUGUAGUAUUGCUGUGACCCACUUCCAGUAAUGUACCCCCACCCCAACCGCCUCUUUGAAGGUUUAUUUCCUUUUUUUUUUGUCUUGAGUAAGCAUCAUCACAAGCCUUGAUGGUUCAUUAAGCUACAUUAAUUAUGAGACUUUGCAUAGCUAUAUUUUUAAACAAAUCUAAUAUCACAUUUAGGAACUGUAUAGAAUUCAACACACUCUGGCCAGUGUGCAUAUACCAUCAGUACCAGUAGGCUGCCAUUAAGAAUGCACCAGUGCAUCAACACGACUAGUAUUUAUCAAAAUAUUGUUGCCACCUCCAUUAAAAAGCAUUACUCUGCUCCCACAUAACUGUGAAUAUUUUGGAUAUAAUGCAGUAUUGUAUUAGAUGGCAUGUGUGACAGUUUGUGUAAGUGCCAGAAUUAUUCAGGGGGUAAUUCAUAAGUGCUAGAUCCCCUUUUAAAAACUUGAUGUUAUUGUACCCAUUAAUCACAGGCAGAAAGAUAACAUAGUUUCCCAGUAUCAUCUUACUAUAAACCUGUAGGUUUACAGUGUGAGUGGUUAUAUACUGUAGUCAGUGCCCAAACCUAGGCCGCUAUCCUUGUGAAAUUACCCACUUCAGUGUCUAAAUUGUUAACUGCGUAGAUUUAAAAAAAAAAAAAUGGUAGCUUGGCAUCCGAAUUGCAUCUCACCUAUGUUAAGCUACGUUCAUACAUCAAGUAAUUAUUGCAUGACUUGGACUUGCAAGACAUGCCACAAGAUCUCCGCAGCUGUAGAUGUUGAAAAAUGAAGUUAUAGUCCAGUUAAAAUACACUAAAAACAGAAGCAGUGAUUACUUGGGAGAUUUUUAUUUUAAAAUGAUUUAUUUUCUCCUGCCCUAAAAUCCUUUGCUAACUGGAAAAAAAGGUGUAGAAUGAAAUAAUGGUGAAAUUAGACAGAAGCCUAAGUGUUUGGUGUUGUAAGCUGCUUGUUUGGAUAGAAAUCAUAGAAGAACUGGGUAAUUGUACAGAGAUGAAAACAAAUUUGUAUAAAUGACAUAUUUUUGUACUUCAUAAAAUCUCUACAUGCAUGUCAGCAAUAAAACUUUGAUAUGGAAAAA